GUAGUGGGCGGGCAGAAGCCGCGCUACUCUCGCGAGUCCAAGCGGUGAACAGCGGGGCAGCCCUGUGCAGUGUGGAGGUCGUUGGAGUCACUUGUUAUCGGCCAGUUCCUGCACCUGCGGGUCCGCUCCCUGCCCGCUCUAGCCAUGCUGUCUGUGUUCGCCCGGCCCGCCUGCGCCGCUCUCCGCCGCGGCUUCAGCACCUCAACGCAGAACAAUGCUAAAGUAGCUGUACUCGGAGCUUCUGGAGGAAUCGGGCAGCCCCUGUCACUCCUGCUGAAGAACAGCCCCUUAGUGAGCCACCUGACCCUCUAUGAUAUUGCGCACACACCUGGGGUGGCCGCGGAUCUGAGCCACAUUGAGACCAGAGCCACUGUGAAAGGCUACCUCGGACCCGAGCAGCUGCCAGACUGCCUGAAAGGUUGUGACGUUGUGGUCAUUCCAGCUGGAGUCCCCAGAAAACCAGGCAUGACACGGGAUGACCUGUUCAACACCAACGCCACGAUUGUGGCCACCCUGACUGCUGCCUGUGCCCAGCAUUGUCCCGAAGCCAUGAUCUGCAUCAUUGCCAACCCGGUUAACUCCACCAUCCCCAUCACAGCGGAAGUUUUCAAGAAACAUGGAGUGUACAACCCCAACAAGAUCUUCGGUGUGACAACCCUGGACAUUGUCAGAGCCAACACUUUUGUGGCAGAGCUGAAGGGUUUGGAUCCAGCUCGGGUCAACGUUCCUGUCAUUGGUGGCCACGCUGGGAAGACCAUCAUUCCCCUGAUCUCCCAGUGCACCCCCAAAGUGGACUUUCCCCAAGACCAGCUGGCAACACUCAGCGGGCGGAUCCAGGAGGCUGGCACAGAGGUGGUGAAGGCCAAGGCUGGAGCAGGCUCUGCCACCCUGUCCAUGGCAUACGCCGGUGCCCGCUUUGUCUUCUCCAUUGUGGACGCGAUGAACGGGAAGGAAGGAGUUGUCGAGUGCUCCUUUGUUCAGUCAAAGGAAACAGAGUGCACCUACUUCUCCACACCCUUGCUGCUGGGGAAAAAUGGCCUGGAGAAGAACCUGGGCAUCGGCAAGAUCUCCGCCUUCGAAGAGAAGAUGAUUGCUGAAGCCAUUCCUGAGCUGAAAGCCUCCAUCAAGAAAGGGGAAGACUUUGUCAAGAGCAUGAAAUGAGGCGCAGUCUAUGAACAGCCAGGUUCUUAACUUAUGAAGGCCUCAUGUCACUUGUCGAGCCAUUUCAGAAACCUUUGUAUUUUAAUUUGCUUUGAUGAGAUGGGUAUUGUAUCAACAUUAUUACCAUCUUUCCAACUGUUGGCACGACAAUAAAAGUAAACUGAUUUUCUUU